ACACACUGGGCCGCAGUCCACUGCUCUUGGUUUUCCUUGCUCUUCUCUCUCUCUCUCUCUCUCCUGCCCCUUUAAAAACUGAGCCGAUGCAUCCCGUUCGGAGCUGCGACAUCAAAGGGGUAGGAACAAGGGAAAACAAACAAGAGAGAGAGAGAGAUAAAAAGGGGUAUGGGAAUCUUUGAGCAAAGAGUUGUAAAACCGCAGAGUACAAUACUGAUACUCUGUGUCUGUCUGUGUUACUUAUUUUGUUUCCCUCCAAAAACAACAUAAGCCAACUGCUAAGCUGCGGCCAGCCAGCACUCAGGUCCCCUUUUUCUCUCCCUGUCCUUUACUGUCACCAAACCGCCAUUUGCUAAAUAUCGCUGUGUCGAUUUCUUUCACCACCUCCUCUUACUGAGAACUCCUAUUUACUUCCUUUGCCCCUUUUCCAAAGUCUGUUCACUCCUCACUCACUCAUAAACCCCUCUAUAAAACCACCCUCCUUUCCUCCCAGUGGUUUUGCUCUCCUGCUUUCUUAUAUUCUUUUGAUAGCAAAACCAACCAAUCCCUUUUCUUCUUGAUGCUCGGGAAGAAGAUUUCCCUGCAUAGUUCAUGGAAAUAGGCAUCAGCCCUCAAUCUCCAAUGUAUUCUCGACAAAGAGUCAAGUUUUCAGAACAUGUUGUUACCACAAACAAGCCCAUAGACGACCGGAGAUCACUCACCCCCUCCGGCCAGUCUUUGACCGUCGUCCGGCAAAAAGUUGUGAGAAUCAUAUACACCGACGCCGACGCCACCGACUCCUCCGAUGACGAAGAGGAAACUAGGAACGUGCGGAGAGUAAAGAGACACGUGGAGGAAAUUAACUUUGGCCCACCUCCUAAAACAACAAAAAUCGAGCAGCCGAGGAAUGGGAAGAGAAGUCAUCAGAGUUUGACUCCGCCGGCGGAACCUGACGUCAGCAGCCGGAAGAAGUUCAGGGGCGUGCGUCAAAGGCCGUGGGGUCGUUGGGCGGCUGAGAUCCGGGAUCCGACGAAGAGGAAACGGGUAUGGCUUGGGACUUACGAUACUCCAGAAGAAGCGGCUUCCGUUUAUGAUAGAGCCGCCGUUAAGCUGAAAGGCCCUGACGCUGUGACCAACUUUCCCGUAGAAUCCAUAAAGGAACGGUCGGUGGGACGUGUCAGGGCGACAAAAGUAGUGAAAGCGCCACGUCAGAAUAUGUCGCUUUGUCGCCCACGUCAGUGCUCCGUUAUGAUGAUGCGACUAGUCAAACGGAGACAGAGGUUUCGGUUGGAAUUGGAACUAGCGACGCCGUUUCAUCAGCCACUUCGGUUCUCCGUUGCUGCGACGGCUUGACGCCGUUUGGUAAUUUCCCCUUCCCGGAGUUUGACGACCUGGGCUUGGGCGCUGACUUCCCGUUAAGUUGGCCGCCGAUGGAACCGUCAGGGAAAAAUUACGCCGAGGAAUUCGGCGAGUUUGACUUCGAUGAUUUCCUGGUUGAAGUCAGAUAAGAUAUUCAUUAUCCAAACUUUAGUGCGCUCUCUGGUGGACUGUUUGGUCAUGUAAAAGAGAAAAAAAGAAUGUGGUGCCUAAUUGUGUAAUUAGAUGCAAAUUAGAGGUUUUUUUUUCAAAAAAAAAAAAAUUUUCGUUGGGUCAUUGUUAAGUUGGCAUAUAUAUAUAUAUAUAUAUAUAUAUUGGCGGGAACACGGAGCGUUUAUACUUCAUAGUCGCGUGAGAAAGCGUAGUACGUGUCUGUGUGAGAGUCAUCCACCAGCCUUGAAAGACGGACGGCAAUUUUGUUAGAGAUAGAUCACAUGAAUGAUGAAGUAGAGGUGCUAUAUCUAUCAAUCGAAGAAGAAGUGUUGUGUAUGCCGUAUCCUUCUGUCCUCAAAGGAUUGAGAAUUGCAAGAGUAUGGAUGAUGACUUCUUGGAUGUCACGCCUAGCGUUGCAAAGCUAAUCAGGAGUAAUUUUUGCCAGUAGGGACAGGGACAGCUGUUUUCAUUUUGACAAAAGAUCAUCAUCAUCAUCAUGUGUAUCUCUCGAAUGAAAAUCAAUCAAAUGGCAUUCCGGGCUGGCUGGUCUAAAGUUUGCAGAAUCAAUCAAAUGUAUUUUUGUAUUUUGUUUAAUCAAAGAAUCAAAUGUGCUGCUAUAGUUUUACGAGGAAGGUGAAGAGAGGGUUCAAAUACAUACAUGUACUACACUCCUUAUUAGGAGUAAAAAAACAAACCCUAAAAAAAAAAAAAAAAAAAAGUGGUUAUAUCAAUUGUUGGAUGAAUCCUCUUCCUUGGCUGUGGAACAGAGGGAGAGAGGACUGCCGUUGGUGAUGAUGGUGGUGGCACUGUUGUGGCUGUGGGAGCAAAGGUAGGAUUUGAUUGGUGAAUGGUGACUUGGUCACCGGCACGUGUUUGACAAACAAAUAAGGAAACCGUAUAUUGCAUUUGCUUGCUGGGUUUACUGGAACUCCUCACGCGUCAGAAUGCCACGUUUGAGAGCGGUCGUGCCGUGACAAUGCUCGGUUACAAAUUCGGCUCCACGGGCGGCUACAUGGGAGUAAAAUUUUUUUGCUGUUCAUUGCUAAUUACCUACUAUUUCCUUUUUCAUGAUACACUACUGAUAUGUUCAAAGCCGAAUGAAUAGCUUAGGAGUUGCACC